AUGGGUUUUUUUGUGUUGUCAUUCAGAUUCUGGGAUGCCCACUGCCACUUAGACUGGAUUAUGCUCAAGUCUCGUAUGGGGAGGGCUAUAAACCAUAACAGAAUAGCCGUCAGGAUGGACCUACAACUGCCCAAGUUGGAAGCCUUCGCUGUUGAUAACUUUGGAGAGAGCUUUGGAGGCUGUGUUAUUGCAGGCUUUGGACUGUCAACAGUGCAUUCUACUAUCGAGAUAUUGGAGUACUCUGAUACGUCCAAUUUUCUGAGGGAUAAAGUCUUUGGCGCUUUCGGCUGCCAUCCGCAUUGUUGCGAGGAGUAUAGUGAGGAGUUUGAACAUGCUAUUGUGGAUGCAACAGGGCAUCGUCGAGCAGUGGCUCUAGGAGAGUGUGGCCUUGAUUACUUUGGAGGAGGUGGUAAUGUUGAUAGGAAUCUCCAGAAGAAGGUCUUCGCCCGGCAGCUCUGUCUGCAGCCUGUGAAGGAUGGUAUCCCGGUCGUACUGCAUCUUCGCUGUGCGGAGAAAGAUUCUUUCGAGAUCAUGAAGAAGCACCUCCCGAGAGAGCACCCCAUACACGUUCAUUGCUUCUCGGAUUCGCCAAGAUUUCUGCGAGCCAUCGCGACGGACUUCCCCAACGCUUACUUCGGUUACGCUGGGGUAGUGUCAUUCGUUAACAACCGUGAUUUGCAGGAAAGUGUGCGAAUAACUCCACUUGAUCGUCUGGUGUUGGAGACAGACGGGCCGUAUUUGGCCCCUGAGCCCUUCAGAGGUAGCAAGAGGGAAGAUUUCGAAAUGCUCAAGUCUCGUCGGGCAGCUAUAAUUUCUCAUCACGAGAAUAGAGCCUUGGACAUUCGCCUUUGGUGA